CAGAAGAACACAACAACAACAACUACAGAGAUACAGCAUGGAUCUUCUCCUUCUGCUGGUUGCUUUGGGGCUCGCAGGAGCGUCUCCCCUGGAGGACUACAGGGUGUGCCAGCCUCACUCCAGGCCCUGGCAGGUCUAUCUGCAUGGUGGAGGAAUGUCCUGCAGUGGAGCUCUCAUUAACGAAUGGUGGAUAGUAACUUCCUUUGACUGUACACCCACAUCCUACAGAACCAUUGCAUCUCUUGGGGAACAUGACAUUACUGUAGAGGAGGGAACAGAGCAGCACAUUUAUGUUGCUGAAGUAAUCCGUCAUAGCCCCUACCGCUCACCUCUCCACAGCCUCACGAUGGUCCGUCUGGCCGAACCUGCUCACUUCAACCAGUACGUCCAGCCUGUCCCUCUGCCCAGUCGCUGCCCACAGCCUGGAGAGACCUGCCAUGUCAGCGGCUGGGGAUCCACCAUCCCAAAUCAAUAUGAGCCUUCCCCACCACUAAAGUGUAUAACUGUGCCUGUUGUGGAUGACCAGACUUGCAUGAACACGUUCCCUGAGUUUUUGUUCUGGAGCCCUCACAUGGUCUGCGCUGGUCAAGCAAACACAGAUAACUGCAUGAAUGCUGGUGGCAGUGUGCUGGUGUGCAAUGGCCAGCUGCAGGGAGUGCUGUGGUUUGCACAUGGCUGCAGAAACCCAGCUGAUCCCAGCGUCUACAGCAAGCUGUGCACGUACAAUAACUGGAUCAACAGUGUGAUGGAUCGCUAUGCACCCACUGUGCCAACUGUUACCACCCCAAUGAUGACGACAUGAGGCAGCAGAGAGACUUUUAUUCACAGAUUAAAUGUAAACACUAUAUGUUAUAAACAUUGCUUCUGACCGCUUUAGUGGGAAGGUUCAGUGUUAUUAAAACUAUGCUUAAACCCAAAGUUUGGGGGUUGCCCUUUCAGCUAAUUAUGCAAAACACAGCACUACAACAUUUAAUGAAAGUGAUACUCUAGGUCUCAAAUGUGAAAAUUUAGCAAAAAAUUAAAAAUCUGUA